GCUAACAUGCUGAAUGCCAACAUGUGGUGGUUCCUUUUACCUUCAGUUAGGUAUCUCAUCUGCUUGAGGACUGGUUAUACUGGGACGUAGAGACUGAGUGGACUGGUUAUAUAGUUUGUAUUGGGAAUAAACGAGCUGAGAAGUUGAACCUGGUGGAGAUUACUUACCUGUGUGGUGCAGGAGCCUCACAGAAUGACGUCAGACAGGUGAGUACAGCAGAGCGAGUCUCUAGUCUGGUUCCGAGUGUCUGGCACCUUUUGCCCAAAUCUGGCUCCGAGUGGGGGGCUGAGCCGAGAGGGGUAACGCAGGAGAAAUAAAGGAAGGAAGGAGCAAGGAGGCAGGAAGACAAGGUGUUAACACCCUUUUCAACACCAGAGCCCCCUCGCACAAACCGAGCAGAGGGAACCGUCUAAUUGUAAGGCUAAAGGCGGCUAUGUUAGGAGCUCGGAUAAUUGGGGGAAACUCAUUCAGCCUUUUCCCUACAAAAGUCACUCAUGAAACCUUCCCAAGCUGGCCUCCUCUGUAUAAGCUUCUUGCAUGCAUGCAUCCAUCCUCGGUCCUGGUUGUGGGAUUCAGGUUCGCUCAGGAGGCUGUGGACGUGUAACCAUAACAACUGCGUUCUGAUUGGCUCUCCUGGCAACGGGAAUUAACAGGCGCGUCAUCCAAUGUGAGCGCAGGACGAGCAGGACGCACAAACCCUCAUGAUGAUAACCCAGCCAGGCACAGCGAUGCGUAAAGUGGCGGCGUUGAGGUGCAGGUGAAGAAGCCUGGAGGAAGAAAUGACAUGACUGGACCCAAAACAAGAAGCUGAGGGGAUGCAUUAUUAGAAAUAAAACAUGCUUUUUGUUGAAUAAUGAGGUUUUAACAGAGAAAACAUGCACAUCAGCUGCUGGAGCGGCUGAAAGCUCUCCUCUUCCUCUCUGGAUUGUGGAUUUGUGACAAGUGCUGCAGGACCGUGCAGGAUCAGGAUCAGGACUACAACCGUGCACCGAGGAGCUUCUUCCUCUACUUUUUUCGCCUGCACAAAGCGCACCAAAAGCAGCCAAGACGUUGUUCUGCCUCAGUCCGAGCAGCAGCUCAGUCCGUGCAGGGAGGUCUGCUCUCGGCGUCCUGCAGGCCGGAGACGGAGACAGAGGAGACAUCAUGAUGGUCCACUGUGCAGGCUGCGAACGGCCCAUCCUGGACCGGUUCCUCCUCAACGUGCUGGACCGAGCCUGGCACGCCAAGUGCGUCCAGUGCUGCGAGUGCAACUGCACCCUCACCGAGAAGUGCUUCUCCAGGGAUGGAAAGCUCUAUUGCAAAACGGACUUUUUCAGGCGGUUUGGCACUAAAUGCGCGGGCUGUCUGCAGGGAAUCUCGCCCAACGACUUGGUGCGUAAAGCUCGCAGCAAGGUUUUCCAUCUGAACUGCUUCACCUGCAUGGUGUGUAACAAGCAGCUGUCCACUGGAGAGGAGCUCUACGUGAUAGACGAGAACAAGUUUGUGUGCAAAGAAGAUUAUCCGAGCUCCGGAGCCAUCAAGGAAGUCAACUUGAACUCAGUGUCGUCGUGUACAGAUAGGAGUUUAUCGCCGGAUCUGCAGGACCCAAUACAGGACGACAUAAAGGAGACGGACAAUUCCACGUCCUCUGAUAAGGAAACGAACAAUAUAGAGAACGAGGAGCAGAACUCUGGCACCAAGAGGAGGGGACCCAGGACCACCAUCAAGGCCAAGCAGCUGGAAACGUUAAAGGCCGCGUUUGUCGCCACACCGAAACCCACCAGGCACAUCCGAGAACAGCUGGCCCAGGAAACAGGACUAAACAUGCGGGUCAUCCAGGUUUGGUUCCAGAACAGAAGAUCCAAAGAGCGACGAAUGAAGCAGCUGAGUGCUCUCGGGGCCCGGCGGCACGCCUUCUUCAGGGGCCCGAGGAGGAUGAGGCCCCUGGGAGGCCGGCUGGAGGAUCCGGACAUUUUAGGACCUGGGGCCUAUGGCUACUACGGAGAGUACCAAGGUGACUAUUACGGACCAGGAACUAAUUACGACUUCUUCCCCCAUGGCCCUCCAUCCUCGCAGGCUCAGUCUCCGGCCGAGUCCCCCUACAUCCUGGGCUCCGGACCCGGAGCCAUGGAGGGAUCAGGCCACCACCCGUCAGACGACCAAAGGUUCACGGACAUGAUCUCCCACGCGGAAACCCCCAGUCCGGAGCCGGGCUUACCGAGCUCCCUGCAGCCGGUCCCGGGGGAGGCUUACGGGGGCGGACCCAGUCCUCCGUUCUCCUUGGCUAGUAACUCCAGCUACAGCGCUCCCAUGUCCCACCAAGGCCCGGAGAUGGGAGAAACCACAGCCUGGUAAAAAGGACCGAGCACAGGGGACCAUUCCUGGGCUGAAUGUCAGCCCUCGUUUAAUUCAGGAGAUGAAUAAUAAAAAAAAAAAAAACACACAUUGUGGAGUGAAAAAUACAAAUUUUUAUGGAGGACUUUUUAAAAAUCACGGACUGAUUUUCACAGAAUCAAGAAUGGGACAGCCUGCUGGAAAACGUAAUAUUUGCUGCCCAGUAGACUCCAAAGCAUAUCCCUUCCUGGAUUACUGGAAUUAUUUAAAAAUAAAAAAAAAAUAAUUUGCGAUUCCACCCAGCAAAAAUGCUUCUCGCCUUCCCCUUGAUGUUAACGAAGGUAUAUCUUCUAAUAACUAGAGAGAAAUGCCAAAGGGGACAUCUUCAGUUCUCUUCAUUUCUCACCACAUUUUUUGCUUCAAAGCAAUAUUAUUAUUAUUUUUUUUCACUGUUCAUUCCUCAAUAUUAAAGAGACAAAAGGACCCGGUUUUAACACACGCUUUAAUGUUCAUAUACGGACACGUAUGUGGCAAUCGAGACACGAUACGAUGCUUUAAACAUCCUCCUCUAAGUAAGACAAUAUGUCGAAUCAAAGGCUGCUUCUUGAUAGAAACUCUACACACACUGACACAUUGACUUUCUCCAGCACACAUCCCAGCUUUAAGUCCCUUAAUGCACAAAAAGCGUUCUUGAUCAUAGCUCAAAAGAAGGAUGUCUAUACCAUUAUUCAAAACACGGACACAAUUAUACAGGCACUUGUACUCACUCAAGCACACACACACACACACACACACACGUCUCACACCCAUCCAGCCGGCCCUGAUAGUUCUGCUCUGCAGACUGCUUCACCUGACCUUCCCUUUGUUACUGUCCCUUUUAAAAAACAUGUUUUAAUGGAAAUGAUUUUCAAAAGAACAUUGAACCCAUAAUGGAGAAUCUACUUCAACAGCUGAGGUCUCCUUCCUCUAAAGAGAGAAAACAAAAGAGGGGGCAGACAACAUCUGUGACAUUACCUCUGUCGGCUCUGAAGCACUCAUUGCCAUCUAGUGGCCUUAAAAAGAAAUAAUAAUCAGCUGAAAGCAGCAGCAGCGUCCGGCUGUGUGUAUGUGAACAUCUUUGUGUGCUGCAGAGGACAAAUUCUUGUUGUGUUUUUUUUCUCUAAAUAACGACAAUAGAUAAUUCUGCAGUUUCAGGGCCAAGUGUCAUCGGGGGCUCCGGUUUGAAAAGUCAGCCUUUGUGGAGCUACAUUAAAAGAAACAAUAUGUUCACCUCUCCUUAUAAUACAGCUUUCUGAAAGGAGACUUUACAAACCAAGUGAUAUUAUUCAAUACAAAAACCUCCCAUAACUCCUCAUUUUAAAAAUUAAUCAUCACACACAAUACGUCUUAAACAAAAAAACACAUCCAACACUUGUUCUGCUGUUUUGUCCGCCGCGAUGAGUUACUUGAAAUAUUCGUUUUGACAUAAUUUC